AUGACGUUUACCUGUGCAGCCAGCGCCAUCUGGUGGUACGAUAGGCAAAAAUACCGACAGGCGGUCACUGAAAUAUAUCACGAAGAUCAUGGCCAGAGAAUUAGCACAUUGUCGACCGGUGGCUUUGUGGAGGAUAUCGCGUUGUUGGAGGAUUAUUUGCAGUACUGGGAAAAAGAGUUUCAUAGUGCGCGCGUAAAGAGCCUUUUGAGUGAUUCUUUUAUACAAUUUGGUGUCUUUCAGGCCAAUACUUUCGAGCAAUACUGCACGACCAUGUUCCUGGGCCAGUUGCCCGAUGGAACAUAUGCCAGAAACGAGAAAUAUUAUUUGCUCUGUGAUAUACUGCCGCAGGACUACGAGCUUCGCCACCGACUGCGGGAGGAACGACUGAAAACCGCCCUGGAGCGACACCAUUUCGAGGAGUGUCUUUUCUGCAGAACCGUAAUCAAGGGCCUUAGGGCCGACUACCUGGAUCACUUGUUUGACAAGCACUUUCUGCUGGUGGGAAAGCCCGAGAAGUUGGUCUAUGUGGAUGAGCUGCUCGACCAGCUGGAAGCAAAUUUGAACCAGUUGAUUUGCCUGUACUGCGAGAAGGUUUUCAAGGAUAGAACAACGCUGAAGGAACAUAUGCGCAAGAAAGGGCACAAGCGCAUCAAUCCCAAUCGCCGCGAGUACGACAAGUACUUCCUAAUCAACUACAAUCGGGUCCCGGCGCCGGCACCUCGAAAGCAGCAGCACCAGAAACGACGACAGCCCACCGGGUCAGUAUCCGCAGACAUGGAAAACAUGGACUUUGACAAGCACUUUGCUCGUCCAGACUCGGAGGGCGAGCAUGAUUCGGACUGGUCUGACUGGGCCGGGGAUGGCGAGCCACAUUCGCUCAAGUGUCUCUACUGCCCGCAUCUCGGCGACCAUUUCGCUGGCCUCAAACAGCACAUGAUAGAUGCCCAUAGCUUGGAUUUCGAUGUCGCCACCAGCGCACUGAACUUCUAUCAGCGCGUCAAGGUGGUCAAGUAUAUACUGUGCAUGCGUCGCUCUGUUAGCUGUGACAUCCAGUUUGAUGAUAUCGACUUGCUAACCGAACACAUGGCCCAGGAGUCUCAUUGCGGCAUCGGUGAGCGAUCCAGCUGGGAUAAGCCAGAGUUCUUUUUCCCGUACAUGGAAAAUGAUGGCUUGUUGUUGUAGCGCUUGUAGCAGGAAAUGCU